AUGGAUUCACCUUCACCGCGUCUUCUUCCACAUCAUCUACAACAGCCCUCUUCAUCCAGUUUUUCUGCCGAUCCCGAAGUUUUUCAAUCAAUUCAUAAUAUUCGACCGGGACAAACUUUUGUUUCGGUUCAAACUUUGACCAAAGAAUCUUUUCAUAUUGCGGUUAAUGUGAGUUUUUUUCUUAAUUUUUGAAAUUUGAAAAAAAACCUAGAACUUUUGUAAAAAAUUAUUCCAUGAAAAAUUUCCAGGCCAAAACAAAAGUUCACGAUGUUUUAUGGAAGUGUGGAGAACGUCUAUCACUUUCCGAAGACAAAUUAUUCGGUUUAGCAUUUCGCCAACCGACUGAAGGAAUUGGUGGUGAUCAACCUAGACACGAAUAUUAUUUUCUUGAUCCAGCUGCAAAGAUUAUGAAAUAUGCUCAUAAACAACCGAGAUUUGCGAAUUGGCACACAAAAUCAACGGAGAAUCGACCGAUUUUAGUUUUGUAUUUCAGAGUUCGAGUUUAUCUUGAUCAAGUCGGACUUUUGACGUGAGUUCUAAGUAUUUAGGUUGUUGAUUUUUUUAAAAAUAAAAUUCUAGACAUUUUUUAAUCAAAACUGUUAGCAAACAAAAGAAAAAAGUUCAUUUUUGUCUGCGUCUCUUUCUCUCUCAAACCAAAGGAAUGUUCUCUUUUUCUCUUCUCUCUCCUCAUUUCCCAUACUAUUUUUCCUCAAAAGUCCACAUUUUCAGCUGUCCAAAAGCCCGUGAACAUUACUAUCUUCAACUGAAAGACAAUUUUCUCGAUCAUUGGGCCAAUCGUCAUUGCGUAUCUGAAGAGAGAUGUUGGUAUAUGGCAGCGCUCGCUCUUAUAAAAGACAAGGGGACAGAGUAUCUCGGGUGAGUGUGUGUACGAGUGGUCUAAGGCGCUGUUUUUGAUUGUGUGUCCCGGGUUCGUUGCCCGUUCGACGCAUUUGGGGUUUUGUUCAAAUUGUUGUUAUUGAUGAUGAGAUUUUCACGACGGUCUUCCGAUGAUAAAUAAUACCUGUGGAUAACAUACGUGAAGCUGAAAUAGCACUUUUGUUUUUUUUUCAGAUCAAUAUAUACUUAUUUUUUAAUUUAUUCUAUAAAUUUCCAGAUACUUUCGAGCUGAACAAUAUUUCCCGUUAUGGGUGAUAAAUGAACGAGGCUUGGAAUACAUUCGAAAUAAUCUGAAAGCUGCUUGUGCUGAUAUAUUAAAUGAAGGUUCGGAUAAAGCAAUGGAUAAAUUCAUGAUUGAAGCUGGUCGCUCACCAUUUGCCCUAAAUUGUCAUUUAUACGGAUUGAGAAGGCACAAAAUGGAUAGUCGAGAUAAUGCAGUUUUGGGAAUAAAUGCAAGAGGAAUUGAAAUGUGUGAUAUUUCUGAACUUGGCGAUCGAAUUCCACUUCGAAAUUUACAUUGGAGCAAAGUUCAAAGAUUAUCAUUUGAUAGAAAAAAGUUGACAAUAAUUGGAUCAGAUGGUACAAAAAUGUCACUUUAUGCUCAAACUGAGAAUAAAGCGAAAUAUCUUUUGGAAUUAUGUCGAGCAGUUCAUCAAACAAUUCUAGUAAUGUCACAUUUAUACGCAACAAUGGCUCCACCACCAAAACCAUACCAAGAAAUGUCUGUGGAUGGGAUAAGUUGUAGUUCAACAAGUGGAAUUGGAUCUGGUGAUCAUGAUAAAGAUAGCGAUUCAUUGAGUAGUAUUGGAGAUGGAAAUGGUCGAUGUCAUGGUUCGGUUUCAUCGAAAUUGAGAAUGAGAAUUAAAAUGGAUUCGAAUCUAGAUGUUAAGAUUGAAAAAAUGGAAUUAGAACGUGAGUCAAAUUGAGAAAAAAAACCAAAAAAAAAAAAUAAAAUUCAGAUAUUCGACAAGAACGAGCUGCUUCUCAAUCAAGUAAAGCUAGCGAUGAAUCAACACCUUCAACAAAAUUCAUGACAUAUCAUCCAGUUACUGAAUCUUCAUCGUGUGCAACUUCCUCGACACAUACAGUAACCACACAUGAAACAACGUAAGUCUAGAAAUCACACGACCAUUUACUCCAAAAGAAAAUUGCCCCUCGGGUCAGACGAGAGACGACGGGAGUCUGAUGACGUGAAAGACAUCGCUUCGAGAUAUUUUUGAAAAAAAUAUGUGUCCCUUUGAAAAAAUACCGUAUUUUUUUCAAGGAACACAUGUUCUAUUGAAAAUAUCUCGAAGCGAAAUUCAUUUUCGGGAUAUUUUUGCAAAUUACUUACGUCGUGCCACCACACAAAUUCGAGGAGACGAAGAGAAAAAAAGACAUCGUACUCCUCCCCGGUCCCCCAGGUGCAUCGCUGCGAGACCAAUUGCCGAAACCGUACUCUCCCCGGUUCCUCAGGUGAAUCGCUGCGAGACCAAGCUUCAAACCGUACUCUCCCCGGCCCCCCAGGUGCAUCGCUGCGAGACCACACAAAAUGUCUGCGUCUCCACAAAAUUAUCUUUUCCCAUUUUUCUGGCACGACGUGUACUCUCGUCGUCUCGCGUCUGACUCAACGGCCGCCUUGUAUGGUCGUGAUCAUUUUGAAAUUUGAAAAAAAAAACGAAAUCUUUUUUCAGUCGCCCUUCUUCGAUUGACAAUGCUUCUCAAACUGUCGAAUCUAGCUUAAUUCGAAACGUCGAUGUGAAUUUCAACAACAAAAAACGAGAAAGUCUUUCUGUCCAACAAUCAAUUGAACACGCCAUCGAAGAUUCAUCCGAACUAUCAUCUGAACGUAUUCAAUCAAGUUCGAUUCAUGAUCUGCGAACAAGUCAUUCGCCACCAGCGCAAUGGAAAAUCCCACCAAUGUCUCCACAAUUUGGCGGAACGAGGUCUGAAACUCAAAUCGACAAUUCAGCAGAUGUUUGGGGGCAGAGACCGGGGCGAUUUGUGAAGAAGAAUUCGGCGGGAAGUAAAACUGCGGCAACGAUUAAUCGAGUUCAUUCAAUGCCAUCACAUUAUCAUGUUAAUGGAGUUAUGAAAACUGUUAGUUUUUUUGUUGAAGCAAAUCAUUUUUUUUUUCUUGAAUUACAUAUUUUUUCAGACUGGCGUUCCUUUAGAUGAAUCCAUAUAUGUUCCAAUAAUCCCCCAACUCAACCACGCGCAUUCAAUGAACAGUAGUAAUCGCCCCCGGAAUCCGCCACCAUAUGAACCAAUCUCAGCAUCAUCUCCCCCGCCAAUGUUAUCAUCUGGUCCACUUCCAGCUGAAGCAGCCGGCGGUCAACCAUCUUUUCCGCCAGCUUCUGCAACACAAUAUAAUCUGGAUUCUUCGGAUAUUCAAAAAUAUCCAAUGAUGCUUCAAUUACUCAAAGAUCAUCAACAAACAACAAUGCCAAAGUUUUAUUUGGCACCGAAAACACAUCAACGACGACCUUCAUCGUCUUGUAUUGAUUUGACAGCUUCAACUGAUGCAAUCAGUUGUUAGUUUCUUUUUUUUUUUCUGAAUUUAUUUAAAAAAAAAUAUAAAUCCAAACAUUUCAGAUCCACUGAUGUCUUCAGUUGUUCAACAUCGAGGCGAAUAUUUGAUCGAUUCUGCAUUUGUUCAGCAGAACGCCUUGAAUGGUGUUAUUACAGGAGGAGGAGGAACAGGAGGAAUAGUCAAAAAUAGCACUAAUUAUAUUAGUAGUAAUAGUAAUAAUAUUAGUAGUACACAACAACAACAACGAGUUGAACAGCAUAAUGGGUGAGUUGCAGAUUUUUUAUCGAAAAAGUUAUCUAUAAAAAAAUUAAUUUUGAAAUCCGUGUACUUCUCUCGGACUACGUAAAAGCUCUUUUUCGGAGAAUUUUUGAGAAAUUCAAAAAAUUUUAAUUUUUUUAAAAAUACACUGCCUGCUACAGUAUACCUUGCAGUCCGGAUUUUCUAUGAGGCUACAGUAAUCUUUGUAUUUCGGGUUCAAAUAAGCCCCAGGCUACCGUAGUCCUUGCAGUCUGACAGUUACAGUAACUAUGAGGCUACAGUAUACCUUGCAGCCCGGAUUUUCUAUGAGGCUACAGUAAUCUUUUUAUUUCCGGUUUAAACAAAUCUCAAAAUUCAUACAGUAAUCCUUGCAGUUUGGAAUAGCCACGAGGCUACAGUAUUCCUUGCAAUUUUGGUUGUAUUGACCCCCAGGUUAUCGUAAUCCUUGCAGUCUGAUAGUUACAGUAACUCUGACUCCACAGUAUACCUUGCAGUCCGGAUUUUCCAUGAGGUUACAGUAAUCUUUGUGAAAAAUAAACCUCAAGAUACAGUAAUCCUUGCAGUUUGGGAUAGCCACAAGGCUUCAGUAAUUUUUGCAGUUUGGGUUGUGAUAAACCCCUGGCCACCGUAAUCUUUGCAGUCUGAUAGAGACAGUAACUCUGACUCCACAGUAUACCUUGCAGUUUGGGGCACAGUAAUCCGUUCCGUUCGCGAGUUACAGCAACUCGUAGGUUACAGAAUACCUUGCAGUCCGGAAUAUCCGUGAGGCUACAGUAAUUCUUGUUGUCCGGGUUUCAACAAGCCUCAAGAUACAGUAAUCCUUGCAGUUUGGAAUAGCCCUUGUAGUCCGGGAGCUACAGUAUACCUUGCAGUUUGGGUUGUACAUAAACUGCACAUUUUACUGUAGUAGUUUUCUCUUUCACGGCCCUAAUAUUUUUGAACCCACAAUAUUUUAACACUGUUAAAAAUUUAUCCAAAAAUAAAUUUUAAAUUUUUGAAUUUUGCAGAAACCUUCAUCUGCCACCACCACCGCCAUAUCAAAGUCAAAACCAGCAAAUGGUUAACUAA